AUGGCUAACAAGAAUAAGUGUAAGGAAUGUGGUUGUACAUGUAAACGUUGCAUAUCCACUGAUCACGAUGUUCAGCUGCAUGUAGAAAUAGAGAAUUUAAAGCAACGACUUGUAGAAAAGGAAACGCAUAUUGUUACGAUGGAAACUAAUUUUUUGAAUGAAGCUAACAGGUUCCCUAGUGGCGAAUUGGUAGCCGUGAGAGAGGAAUUGUUGACAUGGCAGGAUAAAUAUAAAAGGUUAUAUGAAGCUCAUAGAAGAGUUCAAAGGGUAAACCAAGGGCUAGAAGAUAAGUUGUUGAAAUUGGUAGAUGCUUGUGAGACGGAAAAAAAUGCUUUGACAAAAGACGUCGCUACACUGUCACACAAACUAGCAGAGGCAAAUUACGCCAUCAAAAAGCUUACGGAUGAUAACGAAAGGUACAAAAACGACGUAUCUUUGGCGAUUCAAUUCCUGCAAUGCAAACAGAGCAACUUUGUGGCCCACAAGUUCGAUUCGUUGCCGCCGGAGGUGCAGUCUCAGGUAUCCAAUUACAUGACCCACAAAAAGAAACCGGAAGAACGCAAAGCCGUCUCGGAAGCGAAAAGUAUUAAAGUGCCAAUUCCCACAUUCCCUCCCACCGCCAUGGUUUAUUCAGUGCCGAAGUCUCCCAGGCCGGAGAAGAAAAUAGAGCCGGACGUCGAGGCUCCGUCGGUGGACAUAGUAUCCGCCGCUAUAAUGGCGAAGGUGUUGGAGGAGCGCCAGAAGGAGAAGGCGCUAGCCAAACAUUGUGAUACCUGCACCUGCUCGAAGAAUUUGAGGAUAAUCUACGAGGAUACGCAUCACAGUAUCGGGAGUCAGACGGGGGAUUACUGCGAAAUGUUGUGUCUUAGGUGUAACGAGAACGUUCAGUUUACUUCAGUUGGCAUGAAGAUAGUUAGGAGCAGCGAUUUUAAAAACAACAAAAACGUGCCGACUUCCCUUGAAACAGUCGAUCUCACUCCAGGCGUCAACAAUAUAGUAAAGGUUCAACCGAAUAAUUUCUUAAACGAUACUAAAUCUAGUACGAAUUCAAACGUAUCUCCGAAGAAUAGCGUAAUUAACCCGAACAAUCAUGUGAUAAGUAACGAGCUUAGAGUAUAUCAAGACGGAAGUGAGACGGAACCCGAGACUGACCAGCAGCUACAGGAAUCGCCACCCAAGACACCCCAAGAGAAAGCGGAUCCGGAGCAUACAGACAAGGACCCAAAGAAUUGCUCAGCGCCUUUACAGUCGGCCACGAGAAACAUUUUGCUCGACAACGCUCACAAUAACAUCGCACCCGUCUUAUACACGCAAAGCCACAAGAUGAAAUUCGAGGGAAAGCCGCAAACGAAAGCCUCGGGCGUCGACCCGGCAUCGAGUGCCGUGACGCCCGUCGUCUACACGAAGCGAAUCCACAAGAUUAAAACCGAAGCGGUGCAAACCCACGACCUCGGCUCGAUCUCGAGCGGCGACUUCAAGAGCAACUCUAUCUCCAGCGACGCUUCCAUGCGGAACCAGCAGAGGGUGGCCGAGUGGAUCCAGAACAACCUGGACAACGACGUGAGCAGUUCGGAUAACUCCAGGGCGGAUUCGGUGAAGAAUAGGGGCGUCGGGGAGUUGGACAAGGUCAAGUACGCCGAAAUGGAGAAGAACGUGAAGCGGUUCCUGUUCGGGGAGAGCGAGUUCUUGAAGACGGUGGAGAUCGGUAAGAUGAAGUAUCAGAGCCUUCAGGACGGCCCCUCGGACAGUUUGAGUAAGAAAAGUUCCUGUACGGAAACCGAUAUAUAGGUUUGAUUCUCUCAGUUCUCUUUAUUAAAGGGCUGUGGUGCAUGUUAGACCUCCGGGACAAACAGCCAAUGGUUGUCGUUGCAAAAAAAUAUCGACGACGGCUGGUGAAAAUUAAUACAGUCAUAUUUUGAUGAUGAAAGGUGACACGCUCGACGUUUCUCUGGGGACGAUUUCUGAGAGUGUUGAGAACUUUCGUGGCGAAAAAAUUUCACACGAAAUUCGAUUUUUGAGGGGUCAGUUUUAAAAAAAUUGUAUUUGUAUUAACAAUUUUUGCCUCCUUGCCAAUUUUUAUAAAAAUUC